AUGCCAAGAGCCAUUUCCCACCUGCCGACUGGGGGAAAAAUACGUUCCAGCGGGGACGCAGGUGUCCUCACACAGCCAGCGUGGGAGCCGGCCUUCAGUCGCCGCGGAGCUGGCCGCGAGCUGCCGCGCAGCGCCUUCCCCGCGCCUCCUGGGGCCUGCGGAGGGCCCCUCCCCCGCGGCCCGGGGCGCCCAGGGGCCUCAGCCUCAGCCUCAGCCGAGGGAAGCCGCGGGCCGCCCGCCCGGGGCGUGCCGGGCCGGGCCGGGCCGGGCGGGGCAGGUGUCGGCCUCACCCCGGCUCCCCCGGGCCAAGCGCGCCGGCGCCUCCGCCCGAACAGGACAGGCCGAGGCCGUGAAGCGAGUCACUCGGAAGACGCUUCUCCCAGCGUCUGGGGCGUGGAGGGGGCGCCUCGAGGGCCACGGCGCUGCCGGCCCCGCCCUUCCCUCUCCUGGCCGGACCCUCCUCGGAGCGUCGACGCGAGCACCCGCCUCCCUCGCCUCAAGUGUAGGCGUCCCGCCACCCCUCGGCCUGGCUGGCUUCCCUCGGCUCUGCCAGCCGCGGACUGCCAGUGGCGGGCGCCACUUCGGGGUGCUCUCAGAAACCCGAGGGCGUGCGAGGUCGCCCCGGUGGCUGCCGGGCAGGGCCGGGCUCUGGGGUCGAGGGGGAAACCCCGUAGGGCCCGGCGGCCCCCGCACGCCGACGGGGACAGGCUUCAGGGGACGGUUUGGGAGGGGACUGCCGAAGCCUGGAAGAGGGUGCUGACUUCUUUCUACCCAGGAAUGGUUUCCUCCCGCGGGAAUGACAACCAGGCCGCCGAGCACGUCCAAAUACGAACGCGUCUCGAAGAUCCGGCCGCGGCCGCCCAGAACUUCCCGUGCAGACCGUUCUGCAGCCUCCAGUUUCCUCCCGAGGUUUCCUCCUCUUAAAGUUUCCAUUUUUUCUGGUGACAAUUUACCCGACCUUCCCACCGGGUUAGUUUCAGCAGCUACACGCGGGGCGUCAUCAGCUCGGAUCUUCGACUGUUUCCCCUUCCCUUCUCUUCUCGCCGCGCGCACGCGUUCGCACCUGCGGCUGGUAAU